CUGACUGUAAACUGUGAACUGCAGGAAAAACGAUCAGGAUGUGAAGAGUGAGUUGGGAUGGGAGCAGGGACGGCUGCAGAUCAGAUGGACAAGACAGGCCUGGCUACGUGAUUUAAGCUGAGCUCUGAAUAAGGAGAAGUAUUCCAGGCGAGGAAACGAGUGCAAAGCCCUGAGGCGAGAGCUGCCUUGGGAUGUAUGAGGACCCGAGGGAGGUCCACGGGGCUGGAACAUGGACGCUAAGGGGCGGACUAGCAAGCAUCUAAGUCCCAAAAUAGGAGCGAGGGCAGGAGGUAGAUCCCACAAAGCUGCAUUGAUAAGCCUCUUCGGACCUAGUAUUUAUGUGGCACUGUGCAGGCCGACCGCUGUCUGAGAAGCAAGUGGAGGCCACGGGAAUCUGGAGCUGGGGAUGGGGGGACUCGCUACGGGUGUGAGGGGAAAAGCGCUAGAAAUCUGAGUCAAGUUACUAUUGGCAUCGGGUAGGGAGGGCGGGACACUGCGCCCGCUGCAAGCGGGGGCGGGGCCCAGGCCGCAUUGCGCAGGCGCGAGGCUUGCUGGUUUCCAUGGCGCCGAGGACCCGCGCGCCCCAACUGCGCUACAACAGUCCUGUCUCAGGCUUUGGUCCCGCCAGAGUCCGUCGUCCCCGAGUGUAUCGGCACCCCCAUCUCGGCCACUCGCCGAGGUCAGUCGGACGCUGGCCCCGACAUGGGUGACCUGGAGCUGCUGCUGCCGGGGGAGGCCGAAGUGCUGGUGCAGGGUCUGCACAGCUUCCCGAUCCGUGAGAUGGGCUCAGAAGGGUGGAGCCAGCAGCACGAGCACCUGGAGAAGCUGAACAUGCAAGCCAUCCUGGACGCCAGCGUCAGCCAGGGCGAGCCCAUUCAGGAGCUGCUGGUCACCCACCGGAAGAUCCCAGCACUGGUGGAGGAGCUCAUUGCAGUGGAGAUGUGGAAGCAGAAGGUGUUCCCCGUGCUGUGCAGGCUGGAAGACUUCAAGCCCCAGAACACCUUCCCCAUAUACAUGGUGGUACACCAUGAGGCCUCCAUCAUCAACCUCCUGGAGACGGUUUUCUUCCACAAGGAGGUGUGUGAGUCAGCAGAGGAUGCUGUCUUGGAUUUGGUAGACUAUUGCCACCGCAAACUGACUCUGUUGGUGGCCCGGAGUGGCCGGGGUGGCCCCCCUGAGGAGGCGGGGUCACAGGACUGCACCCCAAUGCAGGAGCUGCAAAAACAGGCAGAGCUGAUGGAAUUCGAGAUCGCCCUGAAGGCCCUCUCAGUACUGCGCUACAUCACAGACUGCAUGGACAGCCUUUCUCUGAGCACCCUGAGCCGCAUGCUCAGCACCCAUAACUUGCCCUGCCUCCUGGUGGAACUGCUAGAACACAGUCCCUGGACUCGGCGGGAAGGAGGCAAGCUGCAGCAAUUCGAGGGUGGCCGUUGGCAGACAGUGGCCACCUCCGAACAACAAAAGCUGAGCAAGUUGGACGGCCAGGUGUGGAUCGCGCUCUAUAACCUGCUGCUAAGCCCUGAGGCCCAGGCCCGCUACCACCUUACAAACUUUGUCAAGGGCCAGCUACUCAAGCUUCGGGCCUUCCUCACGGACAUACUACUUGACCAGCUGCCCAACCUGGCAGACCUGCAGCGUUUUCUGGCCCAGCUGGCCCUGGCAGAAACCCAGUCCCCUAAGAAGGACCUGGUGUUGGAGCAGAUCCCAGAAAUCUGGGAGCGGCUGGAGCGAGAGAACAGAGGCAAGUGGCAGGCUAUUGCCAAGCACCAGCUCCGGCACGUGUUCAGCCCUUCAGAGCAGGACCUGCGGCUGCAGGCACAGAGGUGGGCUGAGACCUACAGACUGGACGUGCUAGAGGCGGUGGCUCCAGAGCGACCCCGCUGUGCCCACUGCGGCGUGGAGGCAUCCAAGCGCUGCUCGCGUUGCCAGAAAGAGUGGUAUUGCUGCAGGGAGUGCCAGGUCAAGCACUGGCAGAAGCAUGGAAAGGCUUGUGUCGUGGCAGCCCAGGGUGACAGGGCUAAGUGAGGGCUGCAGGUGCUGCGAAGCAACCCACUCAUGCCAAGAAAACCCACCCCGAAUGUGCCUUUGAACUUCACGCCCCCAUCCAUCUUAGCCAGAGCCCCAGUUUCCUCUCCGGGGCCUGUGAAGAGGAUGGCUUCUCCCUCCCCACCCCCAGGGCUCCCCACUUCCUGCUCUACCCCGGAGCGGAGCGGAGCGGCGCUGGGUAAGCAGAGAGCGCUGUCUCUGCAAACUGGGGCAGGAGGCCUGGGCGGAGGCUAGGGCCGGAUGUGGGACCCUCUUCCUCUACCACAGUAAAGCUGACCUCCAGAAACA